AGAAUAUUGGUGGUCAAUCCUUCAUCCAAACCAAUCCUUCAAUCCUCAGUUCGAGAUCCUUGAUCCUUCCUUGAAGAAUCCAUUCCAGCUGAUUGAUCCCUACCUGCUGAUCCAUUCCUCGGAUCCUUAACCAGAAUCCAGCUCUGAUCCAUUCCUUGGAUCCUAAACCAAGACUAUCCUACGAAUCCAGAUCCCGAAUCCUCAACAUGAGUGACGCAAUGGAUACUUCUAAUUCUAACGUAACUUUGCGUAUGAUAAUCCCAGGCCGAGAGAUUGGUGUGAUUAUAGGUAAAGGUGGUGAGACUAUACAUCAGAUCAGAGCGGAGAGCGAGGCUAAAAUAUUUAUCAGUGAUGGCAGUGUACCUGAACGUGUUAUCACCGUCACAGGAAGCGGUGAUGCUGUUAGCAUGGCGUAUAACCUGAUGUGUGGAAAGCUGGAGGCCGGCGAGGAGGGGAAGGGAAACAGGAAGGACACCUUAAACCUCAGGUUGGUUGUGGCUGCUGCUCAAUGCGGGUCUAUUAUCGGCAAAUCUGGAUCAAAGAUCAAGGAGAUUAGGGAGAGCUGUGGUGCAUCUGUAAACGUAGGUUCGGACCUGCUCCCUAGCUCGACUGAACGGUGUGUCACCGUGGCUGGCCCCAAGGACAAAGCUGUCGAGGCGAUCUAUCAAAUUGUGUCUGUGCUUGCCAGCAAACCUCUGCAGGGCUCUGUUGUACAGUACAAACCAGGUGUUACCAUGGGACCUUACGGAGGUGGACAGAUGGGCGGAGGAAAUGAGGGGCGUCGAGGAGGUGGAGGUAUGGGUAUGGGCGGCGGAAUGGGAGGUAUGGGUGGUGGUGGUGGUGGUAUGGGAGGUAUGGGAGGUAUGGGAGGUAUGAUGGGAGGAGGCGCUGGACCCCUUGCUGCCCUUGCCUCUAUGGCUGGACCGCAACUUAGUGAAUCAAAAUAUUCCGGCAGGCGAGGAGGAGGAGGAGAGGAGACUCAUCACACAAUGACAGUACCUAACGAGCAUAUUGGCUCCAUCAUAGGAAAGGGAGGUAGUAAGGUUGCUGAGAUCAGGCAAAUGAGUGGAGCCAACGUUCAGAUUUCCAAGGGAACUGACAAGGACCAGGCUAACAGUGCUGAGAGAACAAUCAAUAUCUCAGGAACUGCUGAAGCUGUAACCCUUGCUAAGAACUUGAUCAACAUGUCUCUUGAACUUCAUCAGUUGGAUGGAGGUAAACGAGAUGAGGGAGGAUACGAUCAUGCCGGUAACGGUGGCGACCAUGGCAGCCACGACUAUCGUGAUUACGGAUACGGAAAUAUGGGCUCAGGAUCUGGAGCUGGAGUUCCAGGUUUAGGCGCUGCGGCUAACCGUGAAGUAAUGAAGGCUCUGGCCACACUAUCACAUUUCAACAAUAUUACCGGAGGAAACUUAUUCGGAGAGGGAGGAUAUGCCGGCGGGAUGGGAAAUAUGGGCCGUGGUGGACGCAACAAUGGUUCAGCUCGUGGUCAGGACAGGUCCUCAGGGGCACCAAGAUCUAAAUUCUCACCCUACUAAUAACCUCAUGUUAAUGUCCCUAAAUAAUUGUGUAUUCCUCAAGGGGUUCUUAGUUGCUUCGUUCAAUGAAUGCCUUUUCUAUAUUUCUAUUUCUCUUCCUUUAUUUUGUUUUAUUAUUUACUGUUUUUUUCUUGUAUUGUUUAAAAGAAUAUAGUAUCAAUUAGAAACUUUUGGCGCAUUUUUGUAUGUUAUCAAAGCCACCAAUUUUGUUACCAGUCCCAUAUGAUCCGACUCAGAUAUCAAAUUGACCUAAUAUUGCAUUACUCUAAUAUUUUUCUAUUUACUACACUAUUCGUUAUUAUACUUGUUUUGGUCAUUUACAGA